CACCUUUCAGUUUUCCAAACCCAUGAUCAUAUUUAUUGAAAAUAUAAAUGAUAAUCCACCGGUCUUUGCACAAAGCCAGUACUCUCUGAGUGUCAAAGAGCUGACACCUGUUGAUACGUCUGUUGGUAAAAUUUCUGCCACCGACAGAGAUGAUGAUCGCCUCUUCUACACCCUGGAUCCAGACACAGCUGGCUUUAAACUGCAAGGAAUCAACACUCCUAAUAUUAUGGUGCAGAGUGUUUUAGACUAUGAUACCGUCAAAAGUGUGUCGCUUACACUAUAUGUUCAGGACACUCCACCAGGGGGCGCCCCGGGGGGCGGACCAUCAUACUCAGCCUCGGCCACCAUCCUGGUCACCAUACAAGACAUUGACAACCGUCCUCCGUGGUUCCAGCCCUGCACCUCCACCGUCGUGGGCACAGCCAAGAUCUGCGUCAGCCACGGAUACUCAGGCCAGGUCAACCUCACCGUCCAGGAGGUUGGUGCGUUGUCCUUACAACCUGGACCAGUGUAUGCCAUUGAUGGAGACUCUGGUAUAAACGAGAAGAUGACAUAUAGCUUUCUAAGUGGGAACGAGGCGGGCAUAUUUGAAAUCAAUGCAAACAGUGGGAACAUCACGAUGACAAAGCCAGUGGACUUACCUGGCCCUCUGGUUCUAACAGUCCUGGCCAUGCAGCAAGUGGACAGCGAUAAGUUUGCGACCGCCACAGUUACCCUGGAAGUUGUGAAGAAGAGUUUGAACCUGCCUACGUUCACCCUGCCAGAGUACAAGGGUUUCAUCUCAGAGGACGCCGGCCAGGGCAGCAUGGUCCUGGCCGGGAGAGGCUCCACCACGCCGCUGAGAGUCCUGGCCGCCGACAAGGACUUUGCAGACGGAGUGAACCCAGAUGUGAGGUAUGAAGUUCUCAGGACAACAGACUUCUCUGCCACUCCGCAAGGCUUCAUCCUGUUGGCCAAAGACCUCAGUCCAGGAACUGUGACCAUACAAUUAAGAGCUGUUGACUCAUCAAAUGAAGAAUCAAGCACAGCGCCAUUAGUCGUAGAGGUUACUCCAGGAAUUCCAACCACAACCACGGCAACCACAUCCUCCACAGACAUGACGCCCACGUCCGUAGACGUGACCAGUGACACCACGCAUGCACCUAACUCCUCCACCUCUAACCCCAGCAUGACCUCUCAAGACAGUCUCACUUCCACCUUAUCAGCCCGUACAGAGAGUCCUACAGAGGGUGUCCUGGGGCCGGGGGGAGAUGGGUACAGUGUGGUGGACAUGGUGGCGCUGGGGGUCAGUCUCGCCGUCCUCCUGGUCAUCUGCAUGGUGGUCAUUGGACUCCUCGUUCUUCACCUCCAGAAGGGAAAAGCAGCCUGGAGGAAACUGUCUGAAGCCAGCAUCUUCCGCAGCUCUCUGGGAGCGGGCUCCGGCGGGGCCAAGGAGGGGGUGCAGUACACCAACGAGGGCUUCCAGAAGGACGAUGACGCCAGCAGCACCGGCUCACACGUCCCAGACGAGGUGGACGUCCGGCGGGGAAGCGGCCCGGGGGCAAAGGCGGUGGAACUGCCCCAGGAGGAGGUGGUCCCGAGGGCCUCGGCCCCGCUGCACGCCCUGCUCCCUGACAGCAGCAGCCUGGACGGAUCAGACCCGGCGGACAGCGAGAGGGAGGUGAAGCCCAUCCUCACCAAGGAGAGGAGAGUGGAGGAGGGGUACAAGUCUGUCUGGUUCAAAGAGGACAUCGACCCCAACGCCAAGGAGGAGGUGGUCAUCAUCCCUAACAACGCGGACCGGGACGGGGAUGAUGAGGAGUCUCUGGGAGGUGGGGAGGAGGAAGAUGAUUUGCCACGCUCGACUCCGAAGGUGUUCUUUACUAACGCUGAUGUGGACAGUGGACUUGAGGGUCAAAGUAACCAGGAGUCCGAUGAUGAUGAGAUUCAAAUAUCUGACCUCUAA